AUGAGCGACCUAGACAAAGCCAUUGCGCAGCUGCGCUCCUGUCGCCCUAUCCCCGAAUACCAAGUGCGAGAGCUCUGCUACAAAGCUAGAGAGAUAUUAAUUGAAGAGGGAAAUGUCGUUUCAGUUGAUGCACCUGUUACUAUCUGUGGGGAUAUCCAUGGCCAAUUCCAUGAUUUAAUGGAACUUUUCCGCGUUGGGGGUGACGUGCCCGAUACCAACUACUUAUUCAUGGGCGACUUUGUCGACCGUGGCUUCUAUUCUCUCGAAUCUUUCCUCCUCCUACUCUGCCUCAAGGUUCGGUACCCAGAUCGCAUGACACUCAUCCGGGGUAACCAUGAAUCGAGACAAAUUACGACCGUUUACGGAUUUUACGACGAAUGCAUUAGGAAAUACGGCAAUGCCAAUGUCUGGCGGUACUGUUGUGAAGUAUUUGAUUAUUUAGCGUUGGGUGCCUUGGUUUUGGGAGCAAGCACAGAGUUGUCGUCUUCGGGCCCAGUGGUAGCUCAGCCUGGCGCUGUAGGAGAACAGCAAGAUACCCAGUCUUCUUUGAAUUCGGCAAUAGAUGAUGAUGAUGAACUGGAGAUUGAAGUGUUGAACUCAAAGGGUGAAGUCACGCUCGCCUCCUACAGAAAGAGGAGUCGGGGUUCCAAUAAUAUUGCACAUGAUAUCAGAGACGUCUCACCGCCGAGAGACAUAUCAUCCAUUCCUAGCAACACGCCUGCUCGUACUGGGCCUGCGGGGACUGGUGCUACCGGAGACAGUCUGGGCAGUAUGUCCAGCAAUACCGGAGCAGUACUCUGUGUUCAUGGCGGCCUUUCCCCUUUGGUAGAUAGUGUUGAUAAAAUUCGGCUCAUUGACCGAAAACAGGAAGUUCCUCAUGAAGGGGCUAUGUGUGAUCUCCUCUGGUCAGAUCCGGAUGAAAUUGAAGGUUGGGGCCUAAGUCCGCGCGGAGCAGGCUUCUUAUUCGGAGCAGAUAUCGUCAAGCAUUUCAGCUACAAAAACGAUCUAUCCCUAAUUGCGCGUGCUCACCAACUUGUCAUGGAAGGCUUCAAAGAGAUGUUUGACGGCGGCAUCGUCACCGUAUGGUCAGCUCCGAACUAUUGCUACAGAUGUGGAAAUGUGGCAGCUAUACUUGAGCUAGGCGAAGAUGCAAGUAAUGGAGGCACCAUUGCACGGAGUAAUGGUGAUUAUGGGCGUAGCCUCGGUGGCCGCGCUGGGAUGCUUGAUGCGAAGAGGGUUCCUGGCCCUGGGAGACGGUAUAGGGUGUUUGAUGCUGCUCCUCAAGAUACCCGUGGAAUGCCGGCUAAGAAACCUGUUGCUGAUUACUUCUUGGUAUGA